AUGGGGAGACGGCCAAAUGCCCUGAUAUUGCAAUACUUCGAGCGCGGUCCGAAGCUACAGGACCAGAGCAAUCGCUAUCCCCACACUUGCAAAGCAUGCGGAGAGCAUUUCCCUCGUGGACGUCUUGAUAGUCUGACCAACCAUUUGACCAAAAAAUGCCCGGCCAUCAGCGAGGCCGAGAGGGUGAAUGCCCUGCUGACUAUGUCCGGCAUGAGCCAUGCCUCGCAGCGCUUCCAGCAGCAGACCCAGGCCCAGGCCCAGGCCCAGGCCCAGGCUCAGGCUCAGGCUCAGGCGCAAGUCCAGGCUCGCGUCCAAGCCAAUGGCUCGGCGAUGGAUCUUCCCAUGAUGCAGCGCGACUGGACUGCCCUGGGAGUGCUCGCUGAAGUCUCCCGACAGAUCGACCUCAACGAGAAGAACGAUGAUCGCGGCCAACCAAAUGGCGCCGUUCCCCAGACAUCUACACCAUCCGCCUCACAGCCUGGUGUGGGAUUCGAUCUCCACGAGCAGUUUACUGUGGACAACCCUUCUGUGAGCCACGAAAAUGUUGAGUCUACUUCGACCGAAGCUACGGAGCAAGGCCUUACUCCGGAAGAGCGGCUUCAGGAAAUUCUGCGCGCCGAUAAUGAUGCGAACACCGAGUCCGCAAAUAUCACUAUGGCAGCCGCCGCGACCGCGCGGUUACAUCCGUCUUAUCUUGAUCCAGAGAUACUGGGUGAACAAGCUGCUGCCGCUGCCGAAGCUGCUACUGCCACUGCUAAUGCAGCCGCUGCAGCUGCAGCUGCCGCGGCGGCAGCUGCCAGUAACAACAGUCUGCCAGUUGCAGACAUGACCGGGGCACCCGCUGGCCCUGCCCCUGGCGUGGAAGAGCUCCAAACCACCCCAGGGGCUCCCGCCGUCCCUAGCCCAGGGGCUCCGCAGACAUGGGGAGAACUGGCAUAUGCGACGGAUUCUUUCCAGGCAACCAUCACGAACAACAGUGCUAUGCAUCCGGCGGCCCCAGCUGGCAAGGGAAUGUUCCGCGUUGAAGGCACUGCGAAGGCGCGUCAUUCGCGGGCACGAUUUAAUGCCAUCCGGAGGAAAGAGGUCCAGGAAGUUCGCAAGAUUGGCGCUUGCAUCCGGUGCCGCGUACUGCGCAAGACAUGUUCUCAAGGGUCUCCCUGUGAGACUUGUAAGAAGGUGCUGUCUCCGCGGGUGUGGCGUACGGGCUGUGUUCGGACCAAAUUUUCGGAGCAGCUAGACCUGUAUUCGGCAGGCGUCCAGAUUGUUCUUGCCCAGGCCAGGGUCAAUAGCCUAAAGCAGGCUAUGAGCCUAGGGAAUCACGGUGUCCUCAUUGAGGCCUGUCAUUUUCCCGAAUGCUCCCCCCGCCUGCAGCUGCAAGUUCUUCAGCGCGAUCCCGGCAGGGAUGCCGAGGGGAAGCUGAUCGAUGCCUCUAUGGCAGACGAAAAGCCUACCAACUACCCCAUCGUCAUGCUGGACAACGAGAAUCAAGAUGUGCCCGCCAGAGUCGAGGCUUACAUGCGCGAGAUCCUGUCCGAGCUGAUUGUGCGGGAACCGUCACACUUUGUCCGUGUCACCCUUCAAACCGCAGUUGAUAUUGCCAGUAAGACCAAUGAUGAGCUGCUCAAGAAGUCUCUUGAAUUGUGGGGUUUGGUUGAGAUUUUGGACCGGGAGCGUCAGUGGACUAUCAAUGCCAAAACCUGGGCUGAGGAUACACCGGCGAAGACCAUCAAGGAGGAUACCGAUAAGAAUCUUUUCGACACCAUUUGCCUUCAGCUUGCUGCGGCGGCCGAGAGGAAGGCUGCCGCCACGAGCAAAAUCCUGCUCACUGGUAUGCAACGUGUGCUGCAGGACAGCAAGGUGAAAAUCGAUUUCAACAUGUACUUUGCUGUUCUUAUCCUGCUCAACUGUGUCGAGAAGUCUAGCUGGGCCUUUAAAGCCUGGGAGCAGGAGAACUUGCGUGACCUCUGGCCGCUGGAGAAAGAGCCUGUUACUUUUGCCCAGCAAGGCUAUGUCAUCGCCGAUCUGCUCCACAUGCUGCUCGGCAUCAGAAAGGCCUUGCCGCGAACUAUGCGCCGCGAGGUCGACGGCAAGCUGGUCACUGAGGAGGAGAACCCUAUUAUCAGGGGAUAUUUUGAGGCGAUCAACCUCGAUUUUGCCCAUGUCAAGGCAAAGAAGGAACGCCCAACUUUCUCCCCUACGGAUUCGAGGUCGUUCGAGCUUCUCUUUUGCUCUACACUCCUGCUCCCCCCUUCGGAUUCCUAA